AUGGGCCGGCGGAGUCUCGUAGUCAUUAUUGUCGCCGUCGCCCUCAGGCUGGUUUUGUUCGCGGCCUUUCCAUCACUGCCGGAUCUACUAACCAACCGCGUCGAGAUCUCAACACCCGUUACAAGCUUCAAGCGACUGCAGGAGGGCCUGUUUCUCUACACCCAUGGAGUGUCGCCAUAUGAUGGCGGAGUUUUCCAUCAAGCUCCGCUACUGCUCGCGUUCUUCACUACUCUCCCGUCCUCCGCGACAGCUACAAACCUCAUUUAUAUACUACUAGAUGUCUUCUCAGCAUACGCCCUCAUUAAUAUUUCCACCUCCGGCAUCUCUGUCGCAACAUCAAAUCGCAAGGAUGCCCAAUUCCCUCCGUGGGCCGUCUCCGCUGCUUUCCUCUUCAACCCCUUUACUGUCGCAACCUGUCUAGCUCGACCAACUAUCGUUUUCACCAAUACGGUCAUUCUUACAGCUAUCUCAAAAGCUGUCCAGGGUCAUGGCGCUGCUGCGGUGUUAGCCUUAGCUAUGAGCGCAUAUCUAUCGUUGUACCCAAUUCUUCUGCUUCCGCCGAUGAUACUGCUGAGCUACGAUGGGCUUAAGGUACCGAGUGGAGGCCUGGGCGUUUAUGCAGCUAAGAUGACGGGUGUAUUCAUAGCUGCUGCGGCAGGACUACUGGGACUAAGCUACCUAAUUACUGGUGGCAGCUGGGAGUUUUUAGCAUCGACCUAUGGGGUACAUCUCCUGCUACCAGACCUGACACCGAACGUAGGCCUGUGGUGGUAUUUCUUUAUUGAAAUGUUCGACAGCUUCCGUAACUUUUUUUUAUGCGUGUUUCAACUACACCUAGCGGUUUAUGUAGGCGGUCUAUGUAUACGACUCCGAAAACAACCUCUUUUCGUAAUCACAACCCUUCUCGGGAUCUUUAGCAUCUUCAAAUCGUACCCGUCGAUUGGCGACACAGCGCUUUAUCUAUCCCUCCUCGCUCUUUACCGCCAUAUCUUCCCCUUAAUGCGAUACGCCUUCUUCGCAACCUCGACCCUACUCUAUGCCACUCUUCUUGGUCCAGCAUUCUACUAUUUGUGGAUAUAUGCAGGCUCAGGUAAUGCAAACUUUUUCUACGCUAUUACACUCGUGUGGAGUCUUGCCGUCACGGUCAUUGUUACGGAUGCAUUAUUUGCGGUGUUGAGAGAUGAAUGGGAGACUGAGAGACCUGAGAUGAGGGGAAAGGAUGUAAUACGGAUAUAA